UUCUGUUAUUUUUUUGUUUAUAGAACAUCAAUGUUAUGAGUAUUAUGUUAGGUUUUGGAUAGAUUUGUAAUAUGCUGAUAAGAAGUAGGUUGCCUUUGCUUUGUGCUAAAGCUUUCAAUGCUUCAAGAUGCACCUCUGCUGCAAUUUCAAGAUGGCCAGAAAAUCAUAAAAUUUAUUUGGGAAGUUCAACUGCCAGCCAUAGAAGAAUAACCUAUUCCUUCCGAGCUUAUGUCACAACAACCAGGAUGUUCUCAUCAGAUGGGAAUUCGGGCUUCACUGAAAAUGAAGAAGCAAAGUCAAGAAAAGAUGGAGACCACAAUGCUGAAAAUGGAAAAUGUGAGGAUGAUAUAAGGGUUGAAAUAUUGGAAAAUGCAUUGAAUUAUGUUUCGACGCAGGGGUGGACUAGGGAAGCGCUAUCUCUAGGUGCUCAGGAAGCUGGGUAUCCAAGUGUCACAGAAGGAAUGUUUAGCCGAGGUGAAGUAGACCUUGUGUUAUACCUAGUGAAAUCCAAUAAUACAAAUCUAUUGACACAUAUGGAAGAAAUACUCGAUGCACAGGAGGGCGAGAAGAUAAGAAUCAGUGAAUUUAUUAGAGAUGUUUUGGAGUACAGACUUCGAAUGAUCAUUCCUUAUAUAGAAGUAUGGUCAGAUGCCAUGGCUAUUUUAUUGCGCCCAACUGUUUUUGUGGAAGCAACACAAGAGCUUGGGAAAAUGGUAGAUGAUAUUUGGUUUUAUGCUGAGGAUACAUCCACAGAUUUCAAUUGGUAUACAAAAAGGGCACUUUUGGCAAAACUUUUUCUAACUACACAAACUGUCAUGGUGAAUGAUCAAUCUCCCGAUUUUGCAGACACAUGGAAAUUUUUGGAUCGGAGGAUGAGUGACAUAGCAACAAUUGGCAAAGUCUCAAGUUCUCUGCAAAAAAAUGGCAAAAUGGCUGGUGAUGUGGCGUUUGCCGGAUUCACGGUUUUGAGAAAUGUGACGGGUUUUGGCGAUAGAAGGCGUUGAAGAAUUCUGCAAACGAGAUUUGAUUCAACUUGUCUGGGUGGAAAAUAUAUGCCUUACUAAAUGGCAUUGACUGAUUGGAGAAAAAUAUUUUCUUUUUUUUAGUGUUUAUUAUGUGAUUUCGCAGCCAAAUUAUGACCAUUCAUUUUCUUGUAGCAUGUUUUUUUUUAUUUAUGAUCAAUUUAAAAAAUGUAUUGUUUCUGUCUGCAUAAAACAUGACUGGUUGGGAGUAGAUAUGUAUCGGCAAUAUCGGACAUUUUUUCGGUAUCUGCUGAAUGUGGAUGGAUAUAUUUAGGUUUUUAAUCUGAUCCAAACUUAUUACUGUACCAUGAACUGUGAGCAUUGAUUUCAAUGAUGAUUUAAGCAUUUUAAUCACAAAUAUUUUAUGUUCUGGAA